UGGGCCCCAUCAAGCAGGACGGACGGAGGACUUGUCCUGGGGGUCGAGGGAGGGAUGGAGCCUUAGUCCAGUGCUCUGCACAUAGUAAGGGCCCAAUAAAUACGAUUGAUGAAGAUGAUGAUGGAGCCCCUGGCCAGGCCCGGGGGGCGGCUUUGAGGAGCCAUGACCUCGGUGUGGAAGCGGUUGCAGCGCGUGGGGAAGCGAGCUGCCAAGUUCCAGUUCGUGGCCUGUUACCAGGAGUUGGUCGUCGAGUGCACCAAGAAAUGGCAGCCGGACAAGCUAGUGGUGGUAUGGACCAGGAGAAACCGACGCAUCUGCUCCAAGGCUCACAGCUGGCAGCCCGGGAUCAAGAACCCCUACCGGGGCAUGGUGGUCUGGAUGGUGCCCGAAAACGUGGACAUCUCCGUGACCCUCUACAGGGACCCCCACGUGGAGCAGUACGAGGCCAAGGAGUGGACAUUUGUCAUCGAGAAUGAGUCCAAGGGGCAGCGGAAGGUGCUGGCCACGGCCGAGGUGGACCUCUCGCACUAUGCGGGGCCCGUUCCCUCCCAGACGCCUCUGCGCCUGAAGCUGAAGCCCAAGUCCGUGAAGGUGUUGACCGCAGAGCUGAGCUUGACGCUGUCCGGGGUCCUAGUCAGGGAAGGCCGGGCCACGGACGAUGACAUGCAGAGUCUAGCCAGCCUGAUGAGCGUGAAGCCCAGCGACGUUGGCAACCUGGAAGACUUUGCCGAGAGCGACGAGGAGGAGCCCCAAGGCCGCGGGCCUCCCGAAGCCCAGGCUAACCUCCCCCAUCCAGCCGGCGGCCCGGACGCCUCCAGGGAGCUGAACACUCUGAGAGAGGAGGAAGAGGAUACAGGCCAGCCUGGCUCGGGAGAGACGCCCACCAAGAGAGCAGCGGCCCCGGCGAUCCCCACGGCUCCCGCCCGGUCACCCCGGGCCCCGGCGGCUCAGGGGGCUGGCCAGAGCAGCGCGAAGCCAGCCUCAUCUCCUGUAAGUGCUCCGGCCCCUGUGCCCCCGAGCAGGGCCUCCCGGGGCCAGGAGGGCCAACGAGGCAGAGGGCACGAGGGCCCGCCGAGCUCGGGUGAGCAGCCUGGGGCCGAGGCUGCAGGCGAGGGGGGCAGGGAAGCCAUCGAGGCCUGGGCGUCCCCAGGACCCCCUCCGGAAACCAGGUCCAAGUGGCAGCUCCCUGCGGUCGCCCCCCGGCUCCGAAAAGCCUCUGACACCCACCCCCGCCGGCCCCCUCCACCCAACGAAAAUGGGGUCCCCCGGACUGAGGGGGGCUGCCCGGGGCUCCAUCUCGGGGAGGGCGAGGAGCCGCUCCGAGGGGUCAGCUCUGGGGGCGAGUCUCGGGAAGGGGCACCCCAGCUCAGAAGGGAAAACCAGAGCAGGGCGGAGGCCAAGAAGGACCCUCAGAGAGGGGAGCGAGGAGUCUCCAGCCAGGAGAGAGACGGGGCAGAGGUCAGGGGCACAGGCGAGGCCCUGCCCGGUGGGGCGGGGGCAGCUGCCGGCCAUCUUCCUGCAGGCCAAAACCAAGGUCCCGGGCCUGGCGCCCGAGCUGGGAAUGGGAUGGGGGAGGAGAUGGCAGGACGGGAGCCCACCGCUCCCGCUGAAGGAGCCCCCGUCCAGGACAGCAGGAGGGCAGAGGCUGGGGAGGGUGGGCAGCUCUCCGCCAAGUAUGAGCAGAGGGAAGGGCAGGUGGGACCCAAGGGAGCUGCUUGGGCUGGGGUAGAGAGGCUGGCUGGAGGAGGCCCGGCCCAGGAGGAGGGCCCGGAGAGAGCCCGGAGAGCCAGGGAGAGAGGGGAUGCGCUCAGGAAAGGGGCUGAAGAGACUCCACGAGGGGCAGGGCCCCGGGGCGCCGGGACACAAGAGGAGGCACAGCCCGAGGUGGUGGAGACAGGGCAGGAGACCUCACCUGGGGAAGCGGAGGCAGCAGGGAAGACACAACCUGAGGGGAAAGGGACGGGGAAGGACCGUCAGCCUGAGGGGACGGGAGAGAAGAAGGAAACAGUGGCGGGGGAGAAAGGGGAGGAGACGCAGCCUGAGGCGGCGGAGACAAGGAAGGAGACACAGCCUGGGGAAGCGGAGGCAGCAGGGAAGACACAACCUGAGGGGAAAGGGACGGGGAAGGACCGUCAGCCUGAGGGGACGGGAGAGAAGAAGGAAACAGAGGCGGGGGAGAAAGGAGAGGAGACGCAGCCUGAGGCGGCGGAGACAAGGAAGGAGACACAGCCUGAGGUAAUAGAGCCAGGGGAGACUCGGCCUGAGGCAGUAGAGAUGGGGGAGACUCGGCCUGAGGCAGUAGGGAUGGGGGAGACUCGGCCUGAGGCAGUAGGGAUGGGGGAGACUCGGCCUGAGGCAAUAGAGACAGGGGAGACUCGGCCUGAGGCAAUGGAGACAGGGGAGACUCAGCCUGAGGCAAUAGAGACAGGGGAGACUUGGCCUGAGGCAGUGGAGAUGGGGGAGACUCGGCCUGAGGCAGUAGAGACAGGGGAGACUCGGCCUGAGGCAGUGGAGAUGGGGGAGACUCGGCCUGAGGCAGUAGAGACGGGGGAGACUCGGCCUGAGGCAGUAGAGACGGGGGAGACUCGGCCUGAGGCAAUAGAGACGGGGGAGACUCGGUCUGAGGCAGAAGAGACGGGGGAGACUCGGCCUGAGGCAGUAGAGACCAGGGAAACUUGGCCUGAGGCAGUAGAGAAGGGGGAGUCUCGGUCUGAGGCCACGGAGACAAGGGAGACUGGGCCUGAGGCACUAGAGAGAGGGAAGACUCGGCCCGAGGCACUAGAGAGAGGGGAGACUCGGCCUGAGGCAAUGGAGACAGGGGAGACUCGGCCUGAGGCAAUAGAGACAGGGAAGGAGACCCCGCCUGAGUCGACAGAGACAGGGAAGGAGACACAGCCUGAGGCGGCAGGGAGAGGGAAGGAAAUACAACCUGGGAGAGCGGGGGCGGCCCAAACUGUACCAGCUGCCUGGGCCACUCCGGCCGAGGAGCCUGGAAGCCCCGAAGUAGGGGAGCCCGAGCCCUCUAGCCCUCCCCGGGCUGCUCCCUCCACGGUAGGGAAGGAAGGGGGGUUCCAGGGCCCUCCUGCCCCUUCCAAGCCGACACCCCCUGCCCAAGAGUGGCCCGAAGAGGAUGGGAGGCUCCAGGGCUGGGGGGGAGGCCCAGAGCCUUCCCCGAGCACCAAGGCCCCGGCCACGUUCGUCAGCUCCAGUCAGUCCCUGCUAGAGUGGUGCCGGGAGGUCACCGCCGGCUACAGAGGCGUCCGAAUCACCAACUUCACCACGUCCUGGCGCAACGGCCUGGCCUUCUGCGCCAUCCUGCACCACUUCCACCCGGACAAGAUUGAUUUUUCCUCCCUGGAUCCGCUCAACAUCAAACAGAACAACAAACAGGCCUUCGACGGCUUCGCGGCCCUGGGCGUCUCGCGCCUGCUGGAGCCGGCGGACAUGGUGCUGCUAGCCGUGCCGGACAAACUGAUCGUCAUGACGUACCUCUGUCAGAUUCGGGACUUCUGCACCGGUCAGGAACUACAGCUGGUCCAAGUGGAAGGCGAGGGCCGGGCCAGCACCUACCGGGUGGGCGUCACGGAGUCCGACCUGCCAGGGUCCCUGGGCCCCUGCCACCUGGCCCAGCGCCUCCGAGAGCACGGAUCAGAGGUCGUGGCCACGAGGGAUGCUGCGAGUGAGGCAAAUGGUGCCGGGAGCAAGACCAGCAAAGGUGCAAAAGAUGCUGGGACGAAUGGCAGCCGAACAGCCAAGGAGACUGGGAAGGAGGCCAACAAGACGGCGAAGGAGGCUGGGAAGGAGACCAACAGAACCACAAAGGAUGCUGGAAAGGAGGCCAACAAGCCUGCCAAGGAGGCUGGGAAGGAAGCCAACAAAAUCGCAAAGGAUGCCAACAAAACGGCGAAGGAUGCUGGGAAGGACGUCGACGGAGCCGCUAAGGAUUCUGGUGCGAAAGCCGCGAGCGAUGCCGAGGGAGCCGGAGGGGAGGCAGGGAGAGAUGGCAGUCCGGCGGGAAACGCCGGGGUCGGGGCGGCGGGUACCGAGAGUAAUGGCGGAGCAGUUCCCAAGGAUACCGGGCAGGAUCGUCGCCCAGCGGCAGUGGAUUCUGCGAUAAAUACCAACACUACCAAAAAGGAUGCCGAGAUUGUUGUCCAAGAGGCCGCCAAGGGCGCUGGGGGCAAUGACCACGUGGCCCCGAAGGAUCCCGGGAGCGACGUCAACUCGGUCAAGGACCGUGGGACCUCGGGCCCACCAGAAGGGCUGGCGAAUGGGGCGGUGGGGCCGGGGGCAGGAGUGCGGCUGAGGCGCUCAUCGAUGAACGGGGAGGCCGGGGGCGGAACGGGGCCCGUCCCCCCGCCGCGGGCCCACGGCUCCUUCUCGCACGUGCGGGACGCCGACCUCCUGAAGAAGAGACGCUCGCGGCUCCGGAGCAGCUCCUCCUUCUCCGUGGAUGAAGUGGACACAGCCGGCGGAGCCGCGGACGCCAGCAGCCCGGAGUCUGGGCCCGCCCCUGCCCCCCAGAAUGCUGCAGAUGGGACCCCCGAGGUCGCCGAGCCCCUGCCGAGCCCCGGCUCCAGUGCCAGCCCCGGAGAGGAGGCCGUGAUGCAGCGAUUCCAGGACACAAGUCAGUACGUGUGUGCCGAGCUCCAGGCCCUGGAGCAGGAGCAGAGACAGAUCGAUGGGCGAGCGGCCCAGGUGGAGACCCAGCUCCGGAGCCUCAUGGAGACGGGUGCGAACCGACUCCAGGAAGAGGUGCUGAUCCAGGAGUGGUUCACUCUGGUUAAUAAGAAGAACGCUCUGAUCCGGAGGCAGGACCAACUACAGCUACUAAUAGAGGAGCAAGACCUGGAGCGGAGAUUUGAGCUGCUGAGCCGGGAGCUGAGGGCCAUGCUGACCAUCGAAGACCAGCUGAAGACAGCCGCCCAGCAGCACCGGGAACAACUCCUGCUGGAGGAACUGGUGUCACUGGUCAACCAGAGAGAUGAACUGGUGCGGGACCUGGAUACUAAGGAAAGGAUAGCCCUGGAGGAGGAUGAGCGGUUGGAGAGGGGACUGGAGCAGCGGCGCCGUAAACUGAGCCGCCAACUUUAUCGUCGGGAGCGGUGUCUGCUGAGCUGAGGCCGGGGCAGCCCGGACAGGUGCCCCCGGCCCCACAACUUUCCUAAGGUGGGGAGCCCACCUUGUAAGAGGAAGCCCAGGCUGGGUUUUCUUCUUUUCCAAUCGGAUAUCUGGGGGAGCAAAGCAUCCCCCCUCACCCCGCUGCCGUUGCCAAAGGUCCCAGGGAGUUCUCGGCUCCGGCUGGGCCCCCGGAAUUCCCUCCCUUUACACCCAAGGGAGCUCCAGAAGGGAGGCCCGGGCUGGGGAGCACAGGGGACAUCUUUUCUGGAUCCCCCCCCAGGAUCCUUUCCAGCCCCUCGGGGGAGCUGGGAUCUGGGCCUUCUGUCCUCCCGGCAAGCGCCCUCCGCUCAGCUCUGACCUUCGACCCCGUCAACUCCCCCGUCCCCCCAACUUUACCUCCAGUGGGGCCCUCCCCUGUUCCUUGCCCAAAUCCCCCCCCAUUCCUGUCCCGCUCCUCCUUCCCACAUCAGGCCUCGCCUCCAGUUUCCCGAGAGACAUGGGGUCCUGGGAGUUCCCGGCCCUCCUGGGCCCUCGGAUGGGCCUGCGGUCGGAAUGGGGGAGGACGGUGGAGAUUGGCAACAGGUCCGGGAAGCCCCUUCCUCCUUUCCGACCUCUGAAACAAUGGGGGAGACCCGGGCCGCCCCCCACCACUCGUCGCAAGGGGGGAAAACAAGUGUGGGCCCGGAUCCCGCCCCGCCGGGGGCCUGACACCGAAAGAGGAGGCCCAGCAGCCGAGGCCGGGCCCUAGCAGCCGAGAACUCGACGCCCUGGACCAACUUGGGCCAACUUGGGCCAAGGGGCUGCUUCGACCUCCCCCACUCCCAAUCCAAUCCUGUAUUUAUUUAUGCGUGUGAGUGUGCGUGUGUGAAUAGGUGGGAAGGGGGUGGCGAUCCCAAAGGAGCCCCCAUAAAUCCCAUGGCUCCUAGGGAAUCUCCCCCAAUCCUCUCCCACUCCCCGGAGAGGAGGGGAAGCGUGGGUGGGAAGAAGUCGGUCCCGAGGCGGGAAUGUGGCAGAUGGCCCAGGCCCACCCUCCUGGGGAAGGAGGUGAUAAACUGGUGGCCCGACAGAUUUACCAGUUUACUUGCUCCGGCCUCCCCAGCAGUUACCCCGCGCCGGGGGGGCCGAUUUGCAGAAUAUUCUGUAACGGACUUUGCGAGCAAUAAAGCCAGACGUGAUCACCGCAAC